AUGGCGGAGAAAGUCGAUGUUUUGAUCUGCGGAAGCGGCUCCGCCGGUGUUUGUGCUGCGACCUGGCUAGCACGAUGUGGUUUGAGUUGUAAAAUUGUCGAUUCACGCCUUGGUCCCCUGUUGAAUGGUCAGGCUGAUGGUGUUCAAUGCCGCACUGUGGAGAUCUUCGAAAGCUUUGGCCUUGCCGAAGAGUUAUUGCGAGAGUCAUACCAUGUGCUGGAAGUCUGCUUCUGGUCGGCCAACUCCCAAGAUGAACUGAUUCGAACAAACCGUAUAGCAGAUACACCCGCGGGUCUCUCACACCAGCCACAUUUGAUCAUCAACCAAGCUCGCGUUCAUGGCAUCCUGAUCGACGCUAUGCGCUCCUUUAACGGACAGGAGGUUGAAUAUGGAUAUACUGUGAAGAGUGUUCAAGUCGACAGUGCUACUGCCAAAGACCCGGAGGCCCACUGCGUGACAGUCAUUGCAACAAAGGACGGAAGAGAUGAGAAGAUAGACGCGAAAUACGUGCUGGGUUGUGACGGUGCACAUAGCACUGUCCGGAGAUCGCUGGGCUAUACCAUGAUUGGAGACUCUACAAAUGAUGUGUGGGGAGUCAUGGACAUAUUUCCACGCACCGAUUUCCCAGAUAUUCGGAAAAAAGCGGUAAUACAAUCACCCCACGGCAGCCUCCUAAUCAUCCCACGCGAAGGGGGAUCUAUGGUACGCUUCUAUAUCCAGCUUGGGCGAGGGGUCAUCGCAAAAGAGGUGAAGCUUGAUGAUCUACAUUCUGCAGCAGCCCGUAUACUGUCGCCGUUCAAGUUGGAUAUAGCGUCGACAUUUUGGUGGUCAGCAUACUCCAUCGGACAACGACUGGCAGAUCACUUUUCAAAGGAUAAUCGUGUUUUCCUAACCGGAGAUGCAUGCCACACCCAUUCUCCCAAAGCUGGUCAAGGUAUGAAUGUGAGCUUGCAGGAUGGAUAUAAUAUCGGAUGGAAGUUAGCGAGUAUACUCAAAGGCCAGGCCUCUCCUGAUCUUCUUUACACGUAUAAUAUCGAGCGGAAAAAGGUCGCAGCCACUCUUAUAGACUUUGAUCGGGCCUUCACCAAAUCAUUUUCAUCAAAAAAUACCGACGCCGAGUCUUUCAUUGAGCGCUUUAUCAGGGCGGGUCGAUAUACUGCUGGCCUCACUGCGAAGUACGAUGAGUCUUCAAUUACAAAUGUGUCUGGCAGUACACAACAUCUUGCAGCAGAGCUGACGGUAGGAAUGCGAUUCCCCAGCACACCGGUAGUACGGUUGUGUGAUGCGCGUGUGAUGCAGUUGGUCACAGCAAUGCCUUCAGAUGGUCGGUGGCGCAUCGUGCUGUUCGCUGGCGACAUCCGCGAUGCAGCUAAAGCAGAGAAACUGAAGAAGCUGGGUGAAUUUUUGUUCUCCGAGACUGGCCCAGUACAGACUUACACGCCGCCAACGGCCGACAUCGACAGCUUCAUCGAAGUCCUCGUCGUCCUCUCCGGAGUACGCCAUGAUAUCGAUGCAGGGCAGAUCCCUUCGGUCUUCUCCCCAAUAAUUGGCAAAUGGCGCAUAAGCGAUAUCCACAAGAUUUUUGUCGACGAAGAAAUCAAGGAUGAAGGGUGCGGCACCGCGUACGACUUUUACGGCGUUGACAGCAAUAAGGGUGCUGCAGUAAUCGUUCGCCCUGACCAAUAUGUAUCAAUGGUUACCGCAAUUGAGGACCACGAUGGUUUGAGGGGAUUUUUCAGUGGCUGGGGAAGAGUUCAAAGGUACAUACAACAUCUGCGGAAUCGAAUUCACGAGCUUGAGAACGACCAGCCAGAAGGUAGAACUGGUCUGUCCGGUCUUACUGAGGUCAAUCGCGACGACAACAACCCAUUUCCAACACCGGAGACUCUGCGCGAGGUGAAUGCGAUUCCACUUGUACUGUCAUCUUCUCAUGGACAACCUGAGCCUUUGCGAUCCGCGUUCGAAUAUGCUUUCACAGGCGAACAUCUACUUGCAGCUAGAAACCAACCGAGUCAUAACAGCCAGCCAGAAGUGCUCUUUGGUCUUGAAGUGCCACAAUCGUCUAGAGAUUCAUCAUCGGACCGGGAGAAGCACCAAAACCGUGACGAUGCGGUGAGUGCUAUGGGUGCAGCGUCGCAUAUUUCGGACAGAGUGACUACUGCGCAAGAACAUUUUUACGGGAACUCAUCUGCAGUAUCAUUCCAACAUCAAGUCCAGGAAACCCUUCGGCGAUCCACGGGCGAACCAGACCUUGUCCGUUCACAGCCAUCAAUAAUGAAACGACUAAAACAACCCUCAAACGCUCUAUCCCCGUUCCUAGACCAAUGUUCUAGGUCCAAGCUGGAAGCGCUCGCUCUACCUCCUCGCGCGCUUGCAGAUCACCUGUUAGAUCUGUACUGGAAUAGAGUCCAUUGUCUAUACCCGUUUGUGCACAAGCCGAGCUUUCUCAGAAGCUAUGAGCAACUUUGGGCUCGCGAGAGUGCCGCGGAAAGAGAUGAUUACUGUUCGCGUCAGGCUAUCGGGCUUGGUGGCUCCAACUUUGGACUGGACACUUUCUCCUGCGCAUUGAAUGCUAUGUUUGCUCUAGGCUGUCAAUUCUCUGACUUGGCUCCGGAAGAAAGAGAAGCGCUUACGGAUACAUUCUUUCGUCGUGGUAAGCACUACUUACAUAUUGAUAUCUUGGAUGAUGGAGAUUUGGCUCUUGUCCAGUCGCUUCUUAUCAUGGCACAGUUUCUUCAAAGUACCCAUUACCCUGAUCGAUGCUGGAACAUGGUGGGGUUAGCUUGCCGGGUGGCUCAAGGUAUUGGAUUGUAUCUUGACGAAUCCAACGAGAAUCGUUCUGCUCUUGAAAUAGAAAUGAGACGACGCGCAUGGUAUGGCUGUGUGUUGCUUGAUACAGUUGUCAGCAUGACCCUCGGCAGACCUACGAUCACCUCGGGUCAAUCAGACGUACCAUUGCCUAUGGUAGUCAAUGACGAUUCUCUCGACGUAGCAUCCACGGCUUUUCUCUCACCAAACAGCGUCAACCCGCCACUCCUUGAAUUCUUUGUCCAAGCAGUAAAACUUAAUAAAAUACUUGCGGAGAUACUCACAGAUGUUUAUAAACCCUGGAGUCGCUUGGGCAGGCGUAACAAGAUUGGUCAGCAGCUCAGGAACAACUCUUUUGACACGAUAAUCAGGCUAGAUUAUACACUAUCGGAUUUUGAGUCGAAUGUGCCGAGUCAGCUCCAUUGGACUCGGCGAGAUCCAACUCUUGACCGCACGGAAAUUGUCGACCGACAGGUUAAUGUUCUUCAUGCAAGAUUCACGCAUCUCAAGAUGCAUCUAUAUCGCCCUAUAUUCAACCAACUAUGUAUAGAGUCAAAGAUGGGAUGCUCGAAAGGGCCAUCUGGCGAUUCUGAACGCCAGGAUAUGUCAAACAAUAUGCUCUACUCUCACUUGGCUCCACACUGUGCGGUGGCAUGUGUAGGAGCUGCGGAAGAGCUGAUAGAUAUUAUCGAUCAUGCCUCACAGACGACUGCCACAGGUGCUUGGUGGUACAAUUUGUUCUCAAUGGUGCUUGUGUUGGCGGAACUUUGUCCCACCGUUCUAGAGCCUGAAAAAUCUGGCAGCGUUCGACAGUCCUGGGACCAAUGCCAGAGAGUUUUGGAAAGAAUGAGCCGGCACAACGAUGCAGCAAAGCAAUGUGCCAAAACCCUGAGCAGCAUGCAUCAGCAAGUGUUUUCCAAGUCAAAUACUCAAGCUGCCCGUAAUCCUAUCACCCAUAUUUCAGGAACAACGACAUCUACUUAUCCCACAGCGAUAGAGACUGGCGUACAGAUUCCUCAACAGAUAGGACUCUACGAAGCAGCUGACGCCCAGCCCCCUGUCAGUAACGAUUAUAUGCUCACUGACGUGCAAAUCCAAGAUAUGAUCUCUCAGAAUAUGGCAUUGCAACCUCCAUGGAACCUGGAUGAUACUGGCUGGGGUGACUUGCUUUCUCAGAACCAUUCUUGA